GGCGCAUGCGCGGGUCAAGUGCGCAGUCACGGCGCAGCGUCUUGUUCUCCGAGCCUUCCGCUCCUGCGCCGCUCGUCGCCAGCAGUGCCAUGGCUGACCCGCGCUUGAAGCAGAUCAGGAUCAAGAUCGGCGUUGUGAGGCGAUUGGCAAAAGAAAAAGUUAUGUAUGAAAAUGAAGUAAAACAGCAAGAAGAAAAGAUUAAAAAAAUGAAAGCUGAAGCAUCUGAUGAUUAUGGAAUUAAGAAGCAGAUUGAGCUCUUACAAGAGUCGCAGAUGAUGAUUCCAGACUGCCAGCGCAGAUUAGAAGCCGCACAUGCAGAUCUUACUCAGCUACUAGAAAAAGAAAAAGAAUUGGAAGAAGCUGAAGAGUAUAAAGAAGCACUUUCCAUACUGGAAUCAGUGAAGCUGGAAGCCUAGAAAGUUUUUCAAUACUCUCUCUUUAUAUGCAUUAGCACUGGGUCCAUUCCACACUUUUGUUUGACUAUGGCUCUAUUACUAUUGUUGACUUGCUAAGGUUCCCUUUAUGCAAACUGGCCUUUCUCUAACUGCAAGAUGCAUCAAAUAAAGGAUGUUCUGAAACAUCUGUGUGUUCCAUAUUCCGACAAAAUAUAAAUAUUUCCAGUUGAUCUAUACUACAAAAAAGUAAAAAGCCAAUUUAAUGUAAGUGUAAUAGUGUAGCAAGUAAUAUACAGAACUUAAUCUGACCACCUCAUGCUAAGAAUCAAAGUUUAGUUAUAAGGAAUAUGAGGGACCAAUAAAUAUGUUAGAAUGAAAUAGAAUGGUUUGGCUUGGAAGGGACCUUAAAGAUUUACCUAGUUCCAAGCCCCUGCCAUGGGUUUUAGAAGCACUUUAUAUUUGAAAUAAUUUCAAUAAUUUUAAUUAUAGUAUAAGAAUCUGUACUGAAAGAGGAGAGGGAGUAAAUGACCCUUCAAAAUCACCCUUUUUUUUCUAUGAUGCAAUUUAUCGCUAAUAUUAUCAAGUAUGUACUCCUUAUCUUUGCACCCAAGACACAAUUAAGAGCUGAUUCCAAAUCUUCCUCAAUUUGCCUGGCAUUGAUUCCUAGAGCCAAAUUCACACCAUUACCAUUGAUCAAAAUUCUGUUAUUUUUUUUAAGAAACAGAAUUUAGCAGCUGACUAGUAUGUUGUCAGUUGGAUCUGCUGGUAAGAGUUAUGGACCAAAGGCUCUUCCUGAAAACAUCUUGGUUUUAGUGACAUUUUUUUGAACAAGGCUCAUCCUGGAAGAUGAAAGAGAACUGAUGGGUAAGGGAACAGUGCUUAAUCUGCCUGGAAGACCAUUAAACCAUUACAUACAAAAGUUGUGGUUCUUUCAGAAUAGCUUCUCUAAAUAGUAAAAGGUAAGCUCUGCUGAUAAAGCUUUUUACAUUAGUUUUUCUAGCUUGAAAGUGCUCUGGCAUGUUCUAUAAACGCAACACAGAGCACAGUGUACCUUUUGUGUGGUGCUAUAUUGAAUACUUUUAAUAAAUUUUUUUGUUAAUUUGCUUGA